GCACAGCCAGAGGGAAGGAAGGGAAACUGUGUCUUCCUGUUUCAACCUGCAGGCAUCCAGCAGAGAGGCUUCACUCACCCUUUGAAGCUUCUAACAAUUCUUGGAACUUAUUCACGAGCUCCAGGCAAUGGUUAUAAAUAAAACAUGACUCAAUAGAGUUGGACAAUAGACAUAAUGAAUCGUGUUCUAUUUAUGGAUGUUUUACCACGCCUCUGUUUAUUUUGUCGAUAUUUGUAUGUAUUUGUAGAUGAAGGCAACAGUUUGCAGUGGAGCUUUAAAAAAAAAAAAGAAAGUUUUAAAUGUUAAUGUGUUAAACUGCUAUUUCACCAAUCAUUUGAUUCAUCUAUGAAAUGCAAAAAGUGCUUCUCAUGUUUCCUCUCUGUCAUGUGCAGAUAAAGUCACCGUCACGCUGUGAGACAAGUUUAUAAACCACAGCUUCAUUCCGAGUUUAAUUUAAGGUGUCGUGUUCCAACUGGAGUUUUUCAUUUGUUAAAGGAAAGUGUCGGCUUGUGCCAUCUGCUGGUCACUUCUCCACCACAGACAACAUCUGACUUCAUUCCCCCCCAAAACAGCACAGCCAGGAAGAAAUGAAUGCUUAGUAUUUUAUAACCUAAGCAGAUUUUACAAAGUAGAUUUUAAAGUAUAAUACAACAAAUACUUAAAUUUUAGUAGAAACCAGUUGAGCUUUAAUAUAUGCAUGUGCUCAUUCCCCCAGAAGACAGCACAAGGGGAAAUAUAAUUGGGCCCUAAACUUCUGGCCGUUGUUUAUUAUCAAUGAGCUUCAGUCUUAAGAAAGAGAAAGCAAGGUAUGACGGUGCAGUUGUUCUUUGAGGAGGAAACAACCCACACAGCUUGAAUGGAGUCCUGCUUUUUCUUUUUUUUUUGUAAGGGAGCGGGUGGGGCAGAGUUGGGUUUCAGUGCCGCCCCUUUUUAAAACCUCACACACACACACACACACUUCAGUCGCAGUCCUGACAGAGACUGUGUGUGUGUGUGUGUGCUCUCGCCUCAAGCUUUCCUGGAUGACCACGAGACAAACUACCAUCAAUGAAGGUCCACGAUACGAAUCGCCACUGGGGAUCUUCCACUGCUCGUCCACACCUUUUUCUAAGGUCAACAACCUGUGAGGAAGGGUUGAUCUGGUUUCAUCUCUACGCGUCAAUGACCCUGAACCUUCACGGCCCGGAGGAGCGUUUUCAUCAAGUGAGGAGAUGGCCCCGGCGUGCAGACUUUAUGUCCUGAUAGCCACAGCUCUGGCCUUAUGCAAACACUCCGCGGCAGAAUGGAACGCCACCGCCGAGUCCGCCAAUCGAACCGAGUCCCUCUGCCAUCUCCAUGGCAACAGAGACAACUGCACAGCAGACGCAGGGGACACGGGGCAGUGGAACGACCACUUCUCAAGGUGUCCCGAGGAGCUGAGACACUACUGCAUCCACGGGGAGUGCCGCUACGUCAAAGAGCAGAAGGCCCCGUCGUGCCGGUGUCAGCAGGGAUACAUUGGCUCACGCUGUGAAUACCUGGAUCUAGACUGGCGGAUAGGAGAGAAACGUCAAAUCAUAAUUGCCUGCCUCAUCGCGGGGCUUGUUUUCCUCAUCCUCGUCAUUGUGUUCGUCUGCUUCUGUUCACACCGCAGGUGCAGGUGGUGGUGGCGCAGGGGGCGACGGAGGGAAGAAGUCCCGAGGAGCGGCACCGAGAAGCUCCGCAUGAUGGACACCGGCGAGGCGCCCGCGACCUUAGCGGCGGCAGACCCCGAGGAGCCGCCGCACACCCACGCCGUGUGAGGAGGCAUCAAGGGUCUGAGGGGCGUUCAGACGAGGAGGGACCACGUCCCCCCCGCACGGGGGGGCAGCUGCUCCCAACGGCAAGCGGGGGCCCCGGAGAAGGGGGACAUUUUGUCCACAGAGGCCUGUGUGCUACGUCGAGCUGGAGAACCCGGAGUCUGCAGCCUCCUCCCACGGUGUGGCCUUCACCUGGAAGGUUUGACGAACUCUCUUCGGGGACCAAGAAAACAAGAGAGCGCACACUGUAGAUGACGCUCGCUGAGCCUUAUUAAAAGUCCUAUUGUUACCGUUGCCGCGGAGCAACAAUAGCUGGCGGCUGCCGACUUAAUCGGCCGUUGCUACGUCGGAAAAUAAAGCCGGCGACAACAGCAGCCGGCAGCCAGUAAUAAGCGAGCGUGACAAACAGUGACAAAGUAAUAAUAGCUGAUGAGGAUAAGGGUUUGCGUCAGGGACACUGGCCCGAAAGAAAUGAAAAAAAUGGGGACUUUUUGAGGACGUUCCAGUUUACUCUCUCACAAAGAGAUCUUUCAUUGUUUUGAAAUGUGCAAUAUUACAAGUCUCACCUGCUGCUGCACACUGUUCCACCACGCUUGCACCUAUGGGUCAUGUUGUUUCUAAUUAACCUAUCGAACCCCAUCUCAAACCCAUCAUGGUUUAUCCUCUAUCCACGGCGCCCCAAAACAUCCUUCAGAAUACUGUUACUCAGCAACAUCAGCAAUGCAAGCGAAGGAUUUCGGGGUCGCAGGAGGACAAGGAGAACUUGUGCAGAAGGCCCCCUUUGAACUGUAUAUUUUGAGCUGCAGCGGCAGAACAGCCGAGCCUGUGUGCGGAGGCUCGGCGGAGGUGAAAGUGCCCCACUGUGCGAGACACUUUCCAAACUGUCAGCCUUCCACCAGGGUUGUCUGUAACCGUGUAUCUGUGUGUACAUCAACUGCAUCUAAAUGUAGAAGGUGUGGAGGGCAGAGCCAGUGAAGUCUCCUUGUACGUGCUGUCCAUUUAAAUCAUUCCCCCCGCCCCCAAAAAAAGAUCCAUAUGAAACACUUCUAUCUACUGCAAUGAGCCCUCCGUUAUACUUUCAAGAAAAGUUACUCAGUCUGCAGACUGAACUCGUCACAGGCCAAUGAGCUCCAGUUUGGAAGCCCACACUGCUGACUCAUGCUCAGCCACACUUGCACGUCUCCGGUUCCUGCCGCCACCAUUUGUUCCAGCGUCGACUUCAAACUGCAGUAUCUGCAAAAUUGUUAAGUCAAACAAAGGAGUAAGACGUGCCGUGAUUAAGUAACGAUUGCGCUCCCUCUCGCUCUCAUCAUGUGGUUACAGUUGUUAUAUUGGUGGAGCUACUGGAGCCAACACAUUCCAGGGUGAGGGCGUGAACUUAAUGCAGUAUCGUCACGUGGCACAUGGUGGCUGACUCCCUUUUGGCACAACGAAAUGAUCCUCUACCCGACCCGGUCCUUGGUUCUAAAACACUCCUUCCAAAGCAUCGCGAUGGAGAGCGAACAGGUGGUCUUGCUGAAUGUCAGAUGAGAGGAUUGACACCACUCGAUGGGGAUGUGACGGCUGUGUCUUCAUUCUUACCGUACGGACUUGAUGGUGAAACAAAUUGUUUCAGCAAGAAAGAGAAUAUAUUUCUACACACCGAUGAAACUUGAUGCGGUCAUGUGGUUCUUCCUGAUAAUGCUUUGACCUACAUUCAGGUGGCACAUGCCUUCUCAAAAAAGGGCCAGCCGAGGAAUGCCUUUGGUUUCUAUAUGAGGGUUGGUGUCUGCAGGCUGAUAAGAUCAGCAGAUACCAGCCACACUGCGGUAGAUGUUUGAUUUGGAGACGUACUAGAAAUACAAAUAAAGAACCCAUCCAUAAACUCGCAUGAAAUCAA